AAUUUAUUCCACAAAUAUCUAAAUAAAUCGAAAACAAAGAUACAUAAAUUUAUUAAAGAAAGAAAAUGGAAAAAAUAAAAAAUAGGACUAGUAGAAAACAUGUUCUUCUCUCUUCUCUGCUUCCGCGGGUCACCCACACUCGUUUAAAACCCUAAAUUUUCAGACAUCGAGACCGCUAAAGGUGAAGCGCUCUCCACAAAAUUUUGAACAAAUACUAAAUAAAUACUACGAUAUUCAGCAUUCAUGAGAGGGACGAAGCGCGCAGCGAUUUCCGAAUCCGCUCAACUUUCGCAGAGCAAGAGAGUAACAAUGGGGUCGCCGUUCGAUGCGCUCAAGGCGGAUCAAUCAAGCCCGCAGCUGCCGUUGGAUGCGAAGAGGGCUGAAUCAUCAAAACAGCAUGUGAGAGCUCUCAACACCCAGUUUGCAAGUUGGGUACAAGCUCAGCUACACAACCACCCAGAUGAGCUUUGGGAAGAUGGAGUGCAGGACUACUUAAAUCAUGCUAAAAGCAUCAUGGACAAAUUUAGUGACGUGGUAAACUGGCUGAAAGCAAAUUCUUCAAAAGGAGAGAGUCCAGGCGAGCUUCGUUCUAAUGAGGCUCAAACGAAACCCACAUCAGAGGUUGACAAGAACAGCCAUAAGUUAGUUUUGGAGAAACCGGGAUUCCCUUCAUUUUCUGCAGCAGCUUUUGCACCAAUUUCUGGAAGUUGGAAUUUUGGAAAUGACACUCAAUCUAAACCUGCAUCUGAGAUCGAUAAAAGUAGUCAAAGCAUAGAUUGGGGCAAACCUGUGUUUCCUGAAUCUUCUGUAGCUUCAUCACCAAGCCUUGGAAAUUGGCCUUCUGGGAAUGUCUUUGUUAACAGUGCCCCUUUCUCAUUUGGAGGAAAUCAGUUCUUGGUCACUGGAAAUUCAAAUGCAAUUCCAUUUGGUAAUGCAACUUCCAGCGAGGCUGAUGGGGAAGAGGAUGUUGAACAGCCUGGCAGUCCAUCUGUAAAGAAAAGCCAAGAGGAAGGAAUAGUUCUCGUUCAUGAAGUAAAAUGCAAACUUUAUGUAAAGUCAAAUGAUCCAGAAGACAAAGAUGCUUGGAAAGAUAAAGGCAUGGGUCAACUUAAUAUCAAAUGCAAGGAAGGCAUUAGUAAGGGCACCAAGGAAUCAAAACCGGUCAUUGUUAUUCGUAAUGACGUGGGAAAGCUUCUGCUAAAUGCUUCGUUGUACCCAGGCAUCAAAACAAGCAAGCAAAAAAAUUCAGUAGUAGCAAUAUUUCAUACUUCGGCUGAUGGUGAUAACAAUGAUGCUGUUGUUGCUCGGACCUUUUUGAUGAGAACCAAAACAGAGGAGGACAGGGAUAAACUUGCAGCUGCAAUUCAGGAAUAUGCUCCUGCAGGCUGAGAUUUGGGGAAAUGACAAGAAACAUCGUGUAGUACAACUAGCUGAAGAUCACCAUGCUGCAUAAAUGUGGUUUCACCAGUGAUGGUCCGUAUUUAAAGAUUUUUAGGAGCUCUAAAUUAAAACUUGAGGAGGCCCCAAAAUGCAGAAGGCGUACUUACGGAUGAUCGACUAGGUUGCCUGCACUCUGGUUAGCAUCGAAAGAACAUUUCCUCACACCAUUGUGCUACUUCUGUAUGAUGUUGCUGUCAGAGAGUUAUACAUCCAAACGAAAAAGACUUUUAAAGGACAUAGACUUUUACUCGGGAUAAAGCUGUAUUCCCAUUCUAGCUGUAUUAUUUGCUUAAUCUUUUGAAACUGAGAUUGUAUCAUGUAUGAGUGCGACUCUUUUGUAAUGAGAAGCUACCAAUUGGUAAUUUUUGCA